AUGUCAGAAAACGUGACUGCAACGAUGAAUGGAACACAAUCCACGUCGAGCUGCUUCAAUCCCACAGCGACAAGAAUUGGUCAAACCUUCGCCUACUGUCUGCUAUUUAUUGUGUCGCUGGCUGUGAAUACCUUCAUUGGAAUAAUUGUCUAUAGGACGAAAACUAUGAGAACACCAAUCAACAUUUUGAUAGUAAACAUGGCACUCUCCGAUCUGUUGUACCCGAUUUUCCUCUUUCUUAAAAUUUUUGUAGAGUUAAACACGGCCGGCCACUGGCUGGUUGGCGGUCCCCUUGGCCAUGCGGCGUGUAAACUGAGUUCCUUCGCUGCAGAUGUCUCAACUCUAGUGUCAACUCAGAGCCUGUUGUUGAUCGCAGUGGAUCGAUUUGGGGCUGUAGUAUUUCCUCUCCGUUCCCCACUGAUUAGUUCAAAGCAGUGCCGGUACUUCAUUCUCGUCAUUUGGAUCAUCGCCAUGGCAGUCCAUUGUCCAUAUUUGAUCGCCCUGAAAGUUGUCGAGUAUCCAGAGGGGCUGUUUUGUCAGUGGCAGUGGAAUGACACAUUUGGAGAGUCCCUAUCGCAGCAAACCUACAUACUGGGAUUGAUCCUUGUUACCAACUAUAUCCCUUUGGUUUUGAUUUCCAUACUUUAUUUUGCCAUUGCCUUAAGGAUUAAAUCGCAGAAGAUUCCUGGGGAACAAUCAGCUAACGCAAGAGAACGGCGUUUGAAGAAAGAAAGAAAUGUUCUAAAUAUGUCCGUUGCCAUUGUCUUGGUGUUCGCCGUAUGCUCGUUGCCACUCAGCAUCUACGCCCUGCUGUCCCUUUAUUCAUCAAACAUAGCUAUAUGGUCAUCUUGUGGCAUGCAAUACUUUGGAACUAUUGCCUUUCUUCUGGCGUGCUCGUACUGUGCUGUAAAUCCUUGCAUCUGUUUUAUCUUCAGUGAUAAUUAUCGUCAAGGUCUCAAGAAUCUUUUCGGUUGUUUUCCUACAAGCGAAGCUGCUUAGUUAUCGUUUCCUCCCCAGCCUUCUGCAUGCUGUUUGGAUUUAUCUGCGCAUUGAUGUGGCUGAACAUGCCCACCGGUUCUUUAUCCCUAUUUAUAGAGAAUUUGAGCAGAGACAUUUUGGAGACGCGGGCAGCAACAGGAGAAAGAAUAAAACUAAAUCUGGCGCGAUUUGACACUAAUUCAUCGACCGUAAGGAAUAAGAACUUUUAACUUGCAGCUGCCGUCCGCGUCUGCCGUUGAUGCUUAAGCUCCCUAAUAACUACACUUACGAAGUAGUUGGUGCAGCGAAACCCAUCCAUCAACUGAUUUACUGUUUAGUGACAGUACACUUUCCACAUUUUACAACUCUGGCCAUCUCUUUCUGACUUGUUGAAACUGUUCGUAAUCCCUUUUAGAAGAGCCUCGCUAUAUUACUUCUGAAAUUUUUGACUUGGCACCCGAAAAAAGAAAGCCCGUACGUAUUUUCAAUUGGUCAGGCAAAGUGACAAUAGACGUUGUUGAGAUAAUGUGGGAUCUCCUUAAAACACACGCCAGCGGUAACGCGUAAUAAAUUAAAGAAAAACUUUAGAGCUGAAGUUAAUCAGAAAGGGAAUACUGUAAACGUUGUAGUGGCAACGUGUAAUAAAUUAAAGAAGAAGCUUUAGAGUUGGAGUUAAUCAGAAAGGGAAUACUGUAAACGUUGUAGCGGCAACGUGUAAUAAAUUAAAGAAGAAGCUUUAGAGUUGGAUUUAAUCAGAAAGGGAAUUCUGUAAACGUUGUAGCGGCAACGCGUAAUUGAUUAAAGAAGAAGCUUCCGUGAGCACAAUUCUUGGUACCUUCCGCUCAGUUUGCUCAUGCAAGCCAGUUUCCUUCAAACGCCCCAAUAGUUGUUUGAACUGUAGUUUCAGGAUUUCCAGUUUUAAUGUUUAUAUAACAAUCCAUAUCAAACUCUUUCCCCAGUGCGACGAACAUUUGUUUUCUCGGUUCCAGGUGUACGCAACCACUAACCCCACGUAAUGCGCAUGCUCUCUGUUACGACUUUUCAAAAUGGCGGACAGGUCAAAGAGGGAAAUUAAAAAACACAAAGCGAUUUUGCAAUGAAUUCUCAACAUACACCCUCGUUAGAAAGGCGAAUCCACGGAAGAAGGGAUACAAAACUGUAUGAUAUUGAGAUCGAUAUGAUAUUAAAUCGAUACCGAGGGCCCGUUUAAUUGCCUUCCGCCACGAUUAUUAGCUUUCUUGACAGCUUUCUGAAGGCAGAAUACUUUCUUUCUGAAGACUUCUGAUAUGCGGCUAUUGAUUAUUACACCUCGUAUACCUGAUUGCUCAAACACUUUGUUUACGAUUUUUGAAAGGACCGACUCAUGGUUCUCCGUCUUCGUCUUGACAUUGCUUUGAAAUAGUAUAGACUAAUAAGCUGAAACGAAAAAUUAAUCAGGGAAGUUUACGAAAAAUCCAGCAAACAAGCUUUAAAAAGGCAUUUAUUUAGACUUCAUACUUCAACGAACUUCACAAAUCUUACUUGUUUAUCUUGUAAGUAAACGAUGGCAGAUUAAUUCCCGAAGCGCUUUCUGAGUUUCCCGAUCCCUCUCCUACUGCUUUCACGCUUACAAAACAGGAAAAUCAAAAGGAGGAAGAUACAGCAGUUUUGAACGGUAAAUCUGCUUUUUGUUCGACACUUUACAUAUCAAAACAAAGAAAAUUUGUUCCUCUUUUUGAUUCUGGCGGUACAUUUUUAAUUUGCGCCUGAGUAAAAGAGAUAUCACCCGAGACCCUUCGCUCGGUCGUGUUUUGAUCAAAAACGCCUUGUUAAUUUCACGCAACCGCUCGGAGAAAAGGUAAAAAUGACGAGGGAAAAACUUUACCUUCAAGUUAGAAAAUUAGCGAAAUAGAAAGCCACAAUAUUAUAGUUUAAUAUUUCAGAGGUACAUUGAGUGCUUUUUCCGUAGAGAAUCCGCACGAUGGUAAAACAUUCGAAAAUUACACUCGAUUUGAGUGGGGUGUUGAAGUGGGCGUGGUCACAACAUUCAUGUUAAGACUAUUUGUACCCCAUGAGUUUGAUAUGAUUUGAAAUAUUUUAGAAUCAGCCUGUAAAAUGAAAGACUUUUUUCGAUCAAUAAGCUGUUAUAAUUAGAUGAGAAAAAAUAAAGUCUGAUUUAAAUCCAAAAUGAAAUAAAUAACAUCAAAAAAAGCUAUGCGGACUGGUUUUUCUCUCAUAAGCUAAAUUGUUAGUACGGUUAUUCCUCUCAAGUACCGUAUUUAUUGGAUUAACGCCUCACCUCGAUUAUGCGCCCUCCCCACCCCCCUGCUUGCAAAAAAAAUAGUAGUGUAUAGGAGGAGGCUCUUCAGAAGGCGAUGGUUAACAGUUAAAAUGUCGGCCAUUUUACGGCUAGCGGUUAACUUCCUUCCUUUGUGAUUACUAGGAAAAUUUUUACUGUUAACCUUUUUUGCGACUAAAGAUUAAAAUUUGUCAAUUUUUCCGCCUAAUGGCUAAAUUUUUAGGCCGUUUUGCCCAACGGUUAACCCGAUCGAGAGCCUCUAAGCGGAGUAUAACUUAUUCAAUAUUUCCUUACAAUCUCGAAAUUUACUACCUAUGGUAUAUCUUCGCGUAUUGUUAUUAUUUGCCAUUUUGUGGCGAAAUAACUAAAUACUUACUGAAAAUUAAUAAAAUAAAAUUAGCGCCCACCUCGAAUAAGCGGUUACUCUGAAGGUCUAAAAAUGUAUUAAGCGCCCAGGGCGUUUACUGAAAAAAAAUACGGCGAUCCUUGUUUUACGCACAUGCACGACGUCGAUUUAACCACGAACUUAUAUGAGAAUUCGUUGUCGGCGGAAAACUGCAAUCCCUUCCUGAUAGAUUAUGCUGAUGUUUUGAAAUUGACUUUCAUUACUAAGAGUUUUGCUAGAAGGCAGCUUUUAACAGGCUAAGCCCAAACACUAAAAGUAAAGAGUGCUUCAUCAUGCUUCAUGAGUGAUAAUCUCUCAGUGGUUUUAUUUUGUCUUAAAAGUGUUCCGUGGACUGGUAACGAAUUAGCGGGUGAUAACGUAGAAAACUGUCAAACUUUCUUCUAGAUUUCUUCUACUUUUCGGCUCCACCAUAGUUGCCGACGUGUCUUCACAGUUUUCUACGCCACAGCUAUGUAAUAUGAUCGCUUUUGCCGCGCGCUUUAUGGCGAUACUUUUUGGCCGCCAAAUCCUACUUUGAAUGCACAAAAAAUUGGUCAAGGAGAACUCGCUAGGCGCUAAGGUCGAUUAUUUCUAACUUUAAAAAAAUGCAAAAAAAAAUUUCGCGUCACAGGCACUUUAAGACAUGAUCCAUGACAACAAACCCAAACAAUUUAAAAAUUCAAACAUCCCUUUUACAAUUUUUUUUUUCACCUGCCGAAACGAGUUAAAGAAUUCUAGGUAAUUGAGGUUAAAGUGCCCAUGACACGAAAUUUUUUUGGCGUAAAUAUUUAGCUUAUUAUGUGUAAAAACCAAUUCCCAUAAAAGAAAAAUUUCAAAAAAAUUAGAACUCGGUUUUUUCAGGCCCUAAAGCGCUUUUAUUUUGUCUUAAAAGUGUCCCGUGGACUGGUAACGAAUUGGCGGGUGAUAACGUAGAAAACUGUCAAACUUUCUUCUAGAUUUCUCCUUCUUUCCGGCUCCACCAGAGUUGCCGACGGCAAUUUUAAAAACAGCUAUUAACUGGAAACAACAACAAACCCAAAUAAAGACCUAAAAUAAUUGGUUUCAGUGUGCAUCAUCAAGAUAAAAUAUUCAAAUUUUCACGUCACUUCCACAGCAAGCGGUAAUACAAAUAGAGGUGUUUGUGACUUCCAUAAGAUAAUACUUGACUUUAACGGUGACUGAAGAACGCGUCUUCGAAAUGUCCACGAACUUGAGCGCAACAAUGAAUGCAACUCUGCUGUGUCAAUUCAGAGCCUUGUGCUCAUAGCAGUGGAUCGAUUUGUAGCUGUGGUAUUUCCCCUCCGUUCCCCGCUCUUCAGUUCAAAAUUGUAUCGCUUCUUUAUUCUCGCCACGUGGAUCAUCGCCAUGGCUACAUUCAUCCCGUAUCUGCUCGCGUUCAAGCUGGUCGAAUACGAUCAUAAGUACAAGUGUGUGCGGCAAUGGAUGCCUGUCUUUGACGAUUCCUCGUCGGUGACAAAAUACUUUAUGGCACUUUUUAUUGCAUUUUUUUAUAUUACCUUCGUUCUGAUGUUUAGUCUAUAUCUUGCGAUUUUUUUUAAACUGAAGUCCCAGAGAGGACCAGGCGAACACUCAAUGAACGCUCAAAUUCAGCGCCUGAGAAGGGAGAGAAAUGCGCUGAAGCUUUCCAUUGCUAUUGUGUUAGGGUUCGCUGUAUGCUGGAUUCCAUUCAGUAUUUUUGCAUUAGUACGUAUGUUUGCAGAUGAAAACAAUGCUACAAUGUCCUGUGGAUUCAAACAGUUAUUAGAGCAAGUUGCUCUGCUACUGAGUCGAACAAAUAGCGCUAUGAACCCCUGCAUCUGUUUUAUUUUCAGUGGAAAUUAUCGCCAAGGUCUUAACAAUCUCCUCGGCUGCUGA